CAGCCAAUUGUAUAGAGUGCUUGUAUAGCUGGAAAACUCCUCUAAUUUCCCUGCAAUAUCCCUUUUGCCGUGCUCGAGAGAUUGUGCAGGCAGUGCCAGUGCGUUGGUGCGUGGAAAAUAGCUGGAAAUUGAGGAGCAGAGUUUUUCAGGAAUUCCAGCCAAACCGGACGCAAUCGCAGCAAACGUGCAAACAAACCAACGAUGGCAUCGAAGGGAGACGUUGGCGCUGUCCAGAACUUACGAUCCACGAGGUCCAAGGCGUCCGGUCUUGUGGAUCAGAAUGCCAUGGUGACGCGCAAGAAGAGGAAAGCCGACGCAAGCCCACUCAAGAAUGACAAAGUGAAGCGCUCGGCGCUGGGGAAUCUCACCAAUGCUGCUGUGGAGCAGGCCACAGACAGCAAGCUGGCCAGCAAGGCGGCCUCCAUGAUGCUGCCCGUGAAGAAGGCCAUUAAGUGUGCCGUGCACGGUAAGAAGAAGACUGCCAUCGCCACAAAAACGACUGCGAGCAAGAAGACCAAGACUGAAGUGCCUCAAUUUGUGCCUCCGCUCGCUAAACAGGACGAGAAUGUGGACAUCUUGGAGGAGUUGCCAUCGCUGAAGCGCCCCCUGACACGUGCCGCCGCAGCAAGGAAUGCUGUGACGGUAGAGACGACAGUUGUGAAGCCAAAAGACCCACUGGAGGUCUCCAAAGCGGCGCCCGUCCGGAGAAUCUCCAAUGAAUUUGAGAAGACUGGCGAGAGCGUGUAUAUGUCGGCUCUCGAUGAGACGCCCAGUUCGCGGUGGUCCACGAGCACGAGCCAGAGUGACAGGAAGAGCCGCUCGAGUGUAUCCAGCUGCGACGAGGACAAAAUGCCCGUGCCGUCGCCAUCGAAGAUCGAGCGUGAUCCAGUGCCCACGGACGUGGAGGACUUUGACAAGGAGAAUCUCAUGGAUCCAUUCCAGGUGUCCGAGUACGCGCCGGACAUAUUUGACUACCUCAAGAACAGGGAGAAGCUCUUUCCGGUGGAGCCGUACAUAGACAAGCAGCCGUCGCUGUCCACGUGGAUGAGGGCGCUCCUCGUGGAUUGGAUGGUGGAGGUGCAGGAGUCAUUUGAACUCAACCACGAGACUCUGUACCUCGCCGUGAAGCUGGUGGACAUUUACUUGGGCAGGGAGGUGGUGGCGAAAGACAAGUUGCAACUUCUGGGCGCCACAUCCAUGUUGAUCUCAUGCAAGUACGAUGAGCGUGUUCCGCCCCUCAUCGAUGACUUUCUGUAUGUUUGCGAUGGGGCCUACAGCAGCCGAGAGUUGAUUGCCAUCGAGCGGAAGAUAUUCAAGACGAUAGGAUUCGAUCUGGGAAUUCCGCUCUCAUAUAGAUUCCUGAGGAGAUAUGCUAGGUGCGGAAAGAUUGACAUGUCAGUUCUGACUCUCGCUCGCUACAUCCUGGAAUUCUCUCUCAUGGAUUACGACACCAUCACGCUGAGUGACUCAAAAAUGGCAGCGGCGGCUCUGUAUAUCUCUCUCAAGAUGACAGGAACAAGAGAGUGGGACGCAACUCUGGAGUACUACUCGGGCUACAAACUUGAGGACUUCGUACGCGUGGCAGUUCUACUCAACAAUGGCCUCCACAAGAAGUUCAAGGAUCCUCCCUUGUCCACCAUCAAGAGGAAGUACUCCCACAAGAUAUUCCACGAGGUGUCCAAGAAGCCUCUGAUCAAGAAUGCUCAACUGCUGGGCUCUUUGGCGAAUGUCAGCGAGUUCGCAGACUGCGUGUAGAAUUAAAUUUGUUGUUUAUGGAGUUUUCCCACCUUUACCAUUAUCAAUUUUGAAACAUUCGUGCGCGUCAAGGACAUUGAACAAUGAUUUUUAAGUAGCGUUUUUAUAUGAUUUUUUGUACUAAGUGUAUCGCUGCGUAAGAAAAUUUUGAAAAUGACGAUAGACUCGAUUAAAUAAAUUUGUCACACGAUUUAAAAUCCGCCUUUUUCCG